UUGCGUUCAGUGUCCUUCCACUCGCUAACAGGUCAAAAUGCAGAUCUUCGUGAAGACCCUGACCAGCAAGACCAUCACCCUGGAGGUGGAGCCCAGUGACACCAUCGAAAAUGUGAAGGCCAAGAUCCAAGACAAAGAAGGCAUCCCCCCUGACCAGCAGAGGCUUAUCUUUGCUGGCAAGCAGCUGGAAGAUGGCCGCACUCCUUCUGAUUACAACAUCCAGAAAGAGUCAACUCUCCACCUGGUUCUCCGUCUGAGGGGUGGCUGUUAAUUCUUCAGUUUUGAAUUUGUAGUGCCCAAUGAUGGCAUUGCUCUGCACUAUAG